AUGCGAUUCUUUUUCAUUCUCACCAUUUUGAUCGUUUUUUGCUAUUGUGAAUCUGAAGAAAAGAAUGACUCGACAGCCUUGACAAAUUCGGAACAGAAUCUCGUUCGCACAAAAAGAGAGGACAUUUUUGCGAAUAACUCGAUCGUUCAAGCAUUGCGUAAAGCUUUCAAGGAUCCAAAAGAAGUAAAGAAAGAAAAGCAGCGUCACCGUGCUCAUAUCAGAAAAGUUCUUCGAGAUAGACGAUUGAAAAGAAUUCGACAAGCAAGACAACAGAGAAAAGCGAGAAAACUCGCGAAAAGGAGAAACAAAGUCCGCCGAGCACAUCAAAAAUUCGUACGCAAAAAUCGAAACCUUCUUCGUGGCUUUAAAGCAGGGAAAACAUUC